CAGCGAAGAAUCGAGGAAGCGCUUAAGCGACUGACGAAUCCAGAGGGAAUGAUUUUGAGCCUCAUGCAGUUCUGACUAUGUAUCAUCGUGAUUGUACUGUUUAGAUCAAAAUGUCUGGUAAAGCAAAUGCUUCUAAGACAAAAUCUCAACAGGUGAAAAGAAAUUUAAAACAAAGAGCCGAUAAGGAAGAGGAUUUGCCAGCGAAUGAGGUUGAAAGCACAGCAAAAAGAAACAGAAGUCAUACAGGACGUCUGUCCUCUAAAGCAACCGGAAAAGCAAAAUGUGUUCAUCUAAAACGGGUAAAAAUAUCAUCCAACAAGAGAACAACCUGGCAGCCUCUUCCAAAGAAUACUGAAGAGUAUUUGCAAAGUAUGAUGGAAUCAGUAAUUCUUGGAAUUUUAAACAAAAACAUUAAAAGAAAAGAACAAAUUCAGUAUCAUCUCAACCAGUUGAAGAAAAGAUUACUACAACAGUGUGCAACACUGAAAGUUCCUCCAAGAAAGCUGAACUAUUUAACAGAUGUGUCAAAUCUGCUGAAAAUGGAAAAGGCCCAGGAAAGAGUGAAUGAAGAGAACCUGGCUUCACUGCAGGAAGAAAUAGACAAAUUAGUAGAGACCACAGAGUCAGUGACUGAGAAUAUUCGAACACUAAAGAACAAAAUUCAAAUUCUGACAAAUGAAGUGGAAGAAGAGGAACAGGAAGUGAAAGAGGUAUUUCACAUAGAAAGCAAUCAAGUACUGGCUCUUCCAGAACUUUCUCAGAAAAGUCUUAAAGCUCCCAUACUUCAAAAAGAAAUAUUGGCACUCAUUCCAAACCAGAAUGCUCUUCUGAAGGACUUGGAUGUUCUUCAUAAUUCAACCCCAGUGAAGAAUGUAUCAGCGUUCAUUCAAGAAGCCUAUAGGAAACUUGAUGGCUCCUAAAGAGCUGGGGUUUGGUUUGGUGUUUAAGCCUUGUUCCAUACUAACUUAUUGUUCAUGAAUUGUAAAACUUUGUCCUUUUUAUCACAGUCUCUCACUGUUUGUAGCCUAGGCUGGCUCAGCACUUACUCUGUCUCCCACUUGGCCCUGAACUCAGAGCAACCCAGCCUCAGCAUCUUGAGUGCUGGGAUUACAGGUGUGAGCUUCCCAUCUGGCCCAAAGGUGUACAACUUAACUGUAGAUCUUUCUUCAGCACAAUUAACCUCUGUUAUCUACCUUAAAACUAGCCUUUGUAGACUUACCAUUAAUAUCUAAUGUCCUGGAAAACAUAGCAGUUACUAAAUCUAGGAAAUCUGUGUAUAUGUAGAUAUUUGCUAAAACCAUUACUGAGAAUUAUUUUUAAAAAUAAAAAAAAAAAAGAAAAUGCCAUGAUGUAAUAGUUUAUGAUGUGUGAAUGGAACUUUUUAUUGAACGUCACUUUUUGACUAUGAAGAGCUGGGUGUACAGCACCCAAAACAGCCAGAAAACUUUUCUGGGAAAACUCAGCGUUGGAGAAGUGACCACCGAAGGUAGAAGGCACUGAGAUAAA